CAUAGAAGUGAAUGGUUUGCUAGGUAUAAGUUCUGCCAUUAAACCUAUAUAUUAUUGUUGCCAGGUCGCGCGAGAUUACAUCUGGGUUGCGACGCCAACCUGGACUCGCUUCCACCAAUAGGCCGCGGCGCCAUAUCCCAUAACGUGACUUAUACAGCACCAGGAAUGUUGCGCUCAGAAGCAUACCCUCAGUUACCGCCGCUCCCAAAACUCCCAGCAAAGGAGAUGGCUGGGCCUACGCCAUGGUCGAACUGGGCUAUUCCAGGUCGCGUUAUUGCGGGGGCGUAUCCUGCUAGUCUUGAUGACGCGGAGACGGAGAAAAUAUUGACGACGAUGCUGGAGCUUGGCAUUAACACAUUUGUGUGUUUACAAGCCGAGGUUAACAUCAACACUCCAGAGCACGCCUGGAGAGCGGGCCAUGGCCUGCGGCCUUACAUUAAAGAUGCGCAGAAAAUCCUCAGCAAGGCUCACGAGCAAGGCAACCCAAAAAUUACCCAGCAAAAAAUAGACUUCCUGCAUCUGCCCAUUAUCGACGGAAAUGUCACAACCGACUCUGCCAUGAACCGUCUGGCGGAGGACUGCAUGGAGCGGAUCCUGCGCGGCGAGCGGCUGUACAUCCACUGCUGGGGAGGCCACGGCCGUACGGGCACGCUGGUUGCGAUCCUGCUCGGCCGGUUGUACGGCCUGCCGUACACCAAUGCGUUGCGGUACACUCAGGCAUUCCAUGACUCGCGUGUGUACCCCCAGGGCGUGCGCUCACCUCAGACGCCGGUGCAGCGAGCGCAGGUACGCCGCCUGCUGGCCUCGCAGUCCGCCGGCAGCAUCUCCUCCCCCGCAGCGCUGGCAGCCGGGGCGGUACGGGGCGCCGCGGGGGUGCGUGUGCCCAUAUCCAGCAGCAUAGGCGUGGGGGCC